GAAGUCAAGACGUCUGGAAAGAAUUACCCAGUCCCGGCUGCGAGCAGCCCAUUGAACCAGGGAGUUGAAGCAGCCCCGGCCCAAGACUGUCCCCGAUGCUGCCUGGGUUCUGCUGAGUGUUCACCCGGCUUUUUGGGAGAUCGGAAAAAGGACUUUCCGAUCUCGGGGGCGGGGGACUGGAGAGCCAGGAAAAGGAAGGGAAGAAAAAAGAGAAGAAAAGAAAAAAGCAAGAAAGAAGAAAAAAGAGAAAGAAAAAGAAAAAGAAAAAAAGGCUGAAGUGUAACGGAAAUAGUAAAGAAAAUCACUAUGAAAUUUCCCUGAAAAGUGGGAAGAACCAAAACUGUUAAGGCUUCCUCAUCCUUUUUAAAUGUUGUUUUUAAAUUUUUUAUUCUUUUUGGCCGGUCGUCUCAAAUUCAUCUGAUCUCUUAUUACCUCAAUUUUGGAAACUGCCCGCCACCGACCCUCUGGGACCACACAGAUAGAUUGAGGACGACUUUAUGACCAAAAGCUGAACAAGAUGCAUUGUGAGAGGUUUCUAUGCAUCCUGAGAAUAAUUGGAACCACACUCUUUGGAGUCUCUCUCCUCCUUGGACUCACAGCUGCUUACGUUGUUGGCUACCAGUUUAUCCAUACGGAUAAUUACUAUUUCUCUUUUGGACUGUAUGGUGCCUUUUUAGCAUCACACCUCAUCAUCCAAAGCCUGUUUGCCUUUUUGGAGCACCGAAAAAUGAAAAAGUCCCUCGAAACCCCAAUUAAGUUGAACAAAACAGUUGCUCUUUGCAUAGCUGCCUAUCAAGAAGAUCCCACCUACUUAAGGAAAUGUUUGCAAUCUGUGAAAAGGCUCACGUACCCUGGAAUUAAAGUCGUCAUGGUCAUAGAUGGGAACUCGGAUGACGAUCUUUACAUGAUGGACAUCUUCAGUGAAAUCAUGGGCAGAGACAAAUCAGCCACUUACAUCUGGAAGAACAACUUCCAUGAAAAGGGGCCCGGUGAGACAGAGGAGUCACAUAAAGAAAGCUCACUUCAUGUAACCCAAUUAGUGUUGUCCAACAAAAGUACUUGCAUCAUGCAAAAGUGGGGUGGAAAAAGAGAAGUCAUGUACACGGCCUUCAGAGCUCUGGGACGAAGUGUGGAUUAUGUGCAGGUAUGUGAUUCAGAUACCAUGCUGGACCCUGCCUCAUCUGUGGAGAUGGUGAAAGUUUUAGAAGAAGAUCCCAUGGUUGGAGGAGUUGGGGGAGAUGUCCAGAUUUUAAACAAGUAUGAUUCUUGGAUCUCCUUCCUCAGCAGUGUGAGGUACUGGAUGGCUUUUAACAUAGAAAGAGCUUGUCAGUCUUAUUUUGGGUGCGUCCAGUGCAUUAGUGGACCUCUGGGAAUGUACAGAAACUCCUUGCUCAAUGAAUUUGUAGAAGACUGGUACAAUCAGGAAUUUCUGGGCAACAAAUGUAGUUUUGGUGAUGACCGGCAUCUAACGAACCGGGUGCUGAGUCUGGGCUAUGCAACGAAAUACACAGCUCGAUCGAAGUGCCUUACUGAAACUCCUAUAGCGUAUCUCAGGUGGUUAAACCAGCAGACCCGUUGGAGCAAGUCCUAUUUCCGAGAGUGGCUGUACAAUGCAAUGUGGUUUCACAAACAUCACUUGUGGAUGACCUAUGAAGCAGUUAUCACUGGAUUCUUUCCAUUCUUUCUCAUUUCCACAGUCAUCCAGCUCUUCUACCGUGGAAAACUUUGGAACAUCCUCCUCUUCUUGUUAACUGUCCAGUUAGUGGGUCUCAUAAAAUCAUCCUUCGCCAGCUGCCUUAGAGGAAACAUCAUCAUGGUCUUCAUGUCCCUCUACUCAGUGUUAUACAUGUCAAGUUUACUUCCCGCCAAGAUGUUUGCAAUCGCAACUAUAAACAAAGCUGGGUGGGGCACAUCUGGAAGGAAAACUAUUGUUGUUAAUUUCAUAGGACUCAUUCCAGUAUCAAUAUGGUUUCUCAUCCUCCUGGGUGGUGUGAUUUUCACCAUUUAUAAGGAAUCUAAAAAGCCAUUUUCAGAAUUCAAACAGACCAUUCUAAUCGUUGGCGCAUUAGUCUAUGCAUGCUAUUGGGUCAUGCUUUUGAUGCUGUAUGUAGUUCUCAUCAAUAAGUGUGGCAGGCGGAAGAAGGGGCAACAGUUUGACAUGGUGCUUGAUGUAUGAUCUUAUGUUGUUUGAAGUGUGCAGUCACACACACAGACACACACGACACCUUGGUUCCUCCAGGAACUGUACAGUAUUGUGACAUCAGAUAAUGCCACCAAAGGAGACAUAUCACUGCUGCUGAGACUUGAACAAAAACGUUUCUAUGGGUUUAUGUUGAUUCUGCCAAAGUAAAAUGAUACAUCAAACAAGAAGAAACUCAGAUUUAGCCUUUUAUUCCUAUGAACAUAGGAUGGCUUCCUUGUUUAUGCACUUUCUCCUUACUGUGCCUCUGCCUGACAAUGUUUUGCCCUAUAUACCUCACUGCCAUGCUGUAUGUGGGUUACAUGGAAGAGAAGAAUUUUAGAAACUCAAGGAAAAGUUCUUUCAACCUAAACAACCUAACUUAUGGACUGUUUUGAUAGCUAAUUUUUUUAGGAAUGAUUUUAUGUUUAAUUCUACCAAAUGAAAUGCCAAAGGAAAUUUUAAAGGCUGUUGGCUGUGCUGUAUUUUUAUAAUUGUACUGUGUUUUAAAAUUUUGUAUGCCAAUUUUUAAAACAAAUUUUGCAUAUUCUAUAUUUUACUUCUCUGCCAAAAUACACUUGUUCUUCCUCUUUUUUUUAAAAAAAAAAGGUUUGAAAAAAAAUCAAAACUUAAAAAAAAAAAUGCCCAAAAUGUGAAGCUUGGUUGAAUCAUGUUGUUCAUGAUAGAAAGAAUAAAAUAUUUCUCUCUCUACCUUGUAAAAUUGAAUAGUUUAUUUCUGUGAAGAAGUAUUUAAACUUUGAAUAUUUUAAUUUUUUAAAAAAAAUUCUUUUAGAAAAGGCCAGUAUAACUGUCACACUUUGGGAGUAGAAGUACAUUCUUAUGUGUGUACAGAAAAAAAAAAAAUUGAAAAUCAAGGCCAAAGGGGUAGAAAAGUGCAAUUUUUUCGCAAGAUAAAAGGGAAUGCUAAUUCUUGAAAGAAAACACCAAGAACGCAGCACUGGACAAAACAUGAACAUUAAAAAUGAAUAAUCUGUGAACAUUCUGGAAGCAUUGUCCCAGGCCAAGUAAAAUGGAAAGUGGAAAAGAUUAUCUAUAUAAUUUAGACAAACAUAAUACAAUU